UCAGUUUGCGGUGUUGUUUUUGCUGAAUAUAUUUUUGUUUUGCAAGAUUUUAUUGUGAAAAUUAUGGGAGAUCUUCUGAAAAGUGUAAAAGAAAGAUCAAAAAAGCGAAAGCGUCUCUUGGCACAGACGCUGGGGGUGUCUAGUGUGGAGGAUUUGAAGUAUAUCCUGGGAACGGCUGAAGUCGAGGAGACUUCUUCACCAAAAAGUGUUCGGGAUGAUGAUGAGAAAACGCCCACAAUGAAAAAGUCACACACGGAAAAUUUAUUCUACCGUGAUUCAUCCACUUUUCUGAAGGGAACACAAUCAUCCAAUCCACACAAUGACUACUGUCAGCAUUUCGUGGACACUGGCCAUAGACCGCAGAAUUUUAUCCGUGAUGUUGGUCUAGCGGACAGAUUCGAGGAGUACCCGAAGCUGAGGGAAUUGAUCAGACUGAAAGAUGAAUUAAUCGCAGAGACUGCCACUCCGCCCAUGUAUUUACAGGCAGACAUGAAAGUGCUGGACCUAAAGAGUCUGGGCACAAAGUUCGAUGUGAUUCUGAUUGAGCCGCCCCUGGAGGAGUACGCAAAAGGUGGUGCAGGAGUGGCUGGUGGAACGAGCCGAUCUUUCUGGUCAUGGGAAGAGAUAAUUGACCUAGAAAUUGGUGAAUUGGCUGCUCAUCGGAGUUUUGUCUUUCUCUGGUGUGGAAGUUCCGAAGGCUUGGACAUGGGACGCAAUUGUCUGCGAAAAUGGGGCUUCCGGAGAUGCGAAGAUAUCUCAUGGAUACGCACGAAUAUCAACAAUCCGGGUCACUCAAAGAUCCUCGAAUCCAAGGCAGUUUUUCAGCGCACAAAGGAGCACUGUCUGAUGGGAAUCAAGGGAACAGUUAGAAGAUCUACCGAUGGAGAUUUUAUCCAUGCCAAUGUGGACAUUGAUUUGAUAAUUUCAGAGGAGGAGGGCUUUGGUAGCUUUGAGAAACCAAUAGAAAUAUUCCACAUUAUCGAGCACUUCUGCCUUGGGCGACGACGUCUGCAUAUCUUUGGACGAGAUGCAAAUAUUCGUCCGGGAUGGCUGACAAUUGGACCAGAGCUGACAAAUUCCAAUUUUAACAGUGAACUCUAUGCCAGCUACUUCGCCGACAAUACCACGACCGGAUGCACCGAUCGCAUUGAAGCCCUGAGGCCUAAGAGUCCGCCAGCGAAUGGGGGAAAAGUUAUCCGGGGCCGUGGUAGAGGAGGCUUUGCACGAGCUCGUGGUCGUGCAAGGUAAUAGUUGGAAGUUUUAAGUAAAAUAAAUUACUUUUUCCAAGCCUA